GACAUGCCUUUGAAAACAUUGAUAUUGACCAACAUUGGUAAACCUGACGAGACGGCUUCCGUCGGAGCGCCUUGUUGUGGUGGUGAAUAAAGAAGAUAGUAAAUGCUAAACCACAUAACCGUCGGUUAGACAACACCCGCUGAAGAACGAUAUACGAUCAGUUCUUCAUACAGCAUAGUGUGUUUGAUAACGCCUUUGGUGUUUCGAUGAGGAUUUUGUUAAUAGAUCGUUAUGCUUCGCCAUUCACUGAACUGUUGUAAGAUGCCUGAAGUUCGGGAACUCUCUGAUGCCUUGCCAGAGAUGCCCAUGGACCCCAUCACUGGGGUUGGUGUAGUGGCAUCCCGGAACAGGGCUCCCACCGGCUAUGAUGUGGUUUCCACUACGACAGAUGGGCUGGAUGCAGACCUUUGGAAAGAUGGUCUGUUUAAGUCCAAGGUGACGCGCUACCUUUGCUUCACCAGAGUUUUCUCCAAAGAAAAUAGCCAUCUGGGUAACGUGCUCGUGGACAUGAAGCUGAUUGACAUCAAAGACACUCUACCCGUCGGCUUCAUCCCUAUCCAGGAAACGGUAGACACGCAGGAGCAGGCCUUCCGGAAGAGGCGACUCUGCAUCAAGUUCAUCCCCCGGGACUCGACAGAGGCAGCCAUCUGUGAUAUUCGUAUCCUGGGGCGAUCCAGGCAGGCCCCUCCACAGUACACCUUCAUAGGAGAAUUGAACAACAUGGGAAUCUGGUACCGCAUGGGGAACGUCCCUCGGACCCUCGACUCUUCCCAGACCCCGCUGGCCAACAACAGCCAGAACACCACCAACACCACCACAGCCUCCACAGCCUCCACCCCUGCUGCUCCAAUGCUCAAGCAUAUAUCCAUGACACUCCCAGCCAGCUUCCGAGGGAAAAACACCACACGGCCCGACUAUGAGCACCAGAACUCUAACCUUUAUGCCAUCUCUGCAAUGGAUGGCGUUCCUUUCGUGAUCUCUGAGAAGUUUGCCUGCACCUCAUCAGAUCUGCAGCAGGUAGAUCUGAUGGGCAUUACAAUCAAAUCUCUGGCUGAGAUUGAGAAAGAAUACGACUACAGCUUCCGCACGGAGCACAGUGCGGCCGCUCGCCUCCCACCCAGCCCCACUCGGACCCCACUGAGCUCUGAGGCCUGAAGACCCCCCCCCCCCCACACACACACACACGCACACACGCACACACACUACAAUAUCACCCUCGGACUUGGCUCCUGACUAGGCGUGGUGGAGGGGGUCGACGCUGUACAGUGGAAGAACAACAUGGAGAGUUGCUAUCGUGAGAAGAGGAGAAGCAGCCGUUACAUCUUUGUGUGUUUAAUUUGUAUGUCUUGAGAUGUGAUAUCGUAGGUCCCACUGCCACUAUCCGUACCAUUGAGAACUUGACUUUGGGCUUCUUAACGGACGGGCUCAUGUGUUUGGCUGCUCCAGGAACUGUCCAGGACUUUUAAAAUGUCAUUUUCUUUGUUGUUUUUUUAUUUGUUAUGGUUUUAUGUCUGACUUUGAAGGAACGCCUUCUUGCCUUCGGCCCUUCAACAAGGUGGAAUGUUGUGAACGAUGCUCUUUUAUUUUUAUUUUUUUCUCAACUCACAACGUUCCUACUGGUUUGUCCGCAGUCUACUCCCAGUACUCCCAAGACCCCAGUGGACAGGUCCUGUCUUUGUGGGUGAAAAACAAACAGAACAAUCUUGUCGUUUUAUUUUUGUUUUUUAACUGGUGUGUGUGUGUGUGUGUGUGUGUGUGUGUGUGUGUGUGUGUGUGUGUGUGUGUGUGUGUGUGUGUGUGUGUGUGUGUGUGUGUGUGUGUGUGUGUGUGUGUGUGUGUGUGUGUGUGUGUGUGUCACACCUGUCACCUGUGAAUAUCCUGUCCCUCUAUGUGGUUUAAGAUGGCUCUUUGGAUCAGAGACCAGAACCACAAGUACUGUAAAAGUUAGCCUUUCAUGUUCUGAUUGUUGGACUACAAAUACCACUAUCUCUCCUCAAGUAUAUACUAAUGUUAUUUCUGGCAUUUUAACUGUUAUCACUGCACUUUGUGCUUAGCUAAAUGUAUUAUUUUUUACUCAAAUGCUGUUACAUAGUAUUUAAGAAGUCUUGUAUUGUUUUGUUUUCAUAUUAGCAAAGUUUCUUUUUCAUCCUGAACUGCUCAAGAAGUUACUUAGUAUCACUUUUAAACUGAGCCCUACUUUCAACAAAUAAAACUCAUGUCUUUUAAGUAUUUGCUGUAAAUACCACAGUUGGCAUGAGUUGUGUCAUAAAGGUUUCAAAUGCUAAAAGGUUUUAGGGUUAACCUCAUAUUUUAGGAGAAAAUGCAGCUAACCAUUUCUUCUGAUCUAAUACUUUUUUAAAGUUAUAAUCCACUGAUGUUCUGAUCUUCACAAAGCUUUUGAAUAGAUAGUUUAAUAUCUUUCGAUUAUUCUCCCCCUUUCUUGCAGAUGUGUUAUUUUAGUAUGAAAGGAAUCGAAUCAAUCACCUCAAUCUUAUGCAGAAAGGGAUCACGAUCAAGGCUAACUACCAACUACAGCCACAUUGUCUCGUUAGGUUUUUUCAAACUUUUGUUUUUACCUUUUUUAACUGAAUUGUUUAACCACUUUCCUCAACUAUUUUCUCAGGCCUCUCAGUAUUGUGAACAUUUGGUCCCACAUAAGCAACCCAUGAUUGAACAAAAUAAACAGUGUAAUCAAACGUAUGUUUGUUUCUACUGUUUGACUGCGUAGCUAUCAAGUCAUUGAAGCACUUGAGUUACACGCAAGAUGGUUUGGGAUCUCCUGCAUAUGUGUUUAGUUUCCAAACGUUGGUUGUCAAAUUCGGCAAGUCAUCGUGGUGAAAAGUUGUUCACUCAUGUUAAUACUGUAUAUCCGAAUUAACAACCAUUAACACAUCAGCUCCUCAUUAGUCUCUUAUUCUUGAAUGCGAUUCCAGAAUAUAUCCGUCCUUUUUAUAGAUCUGUGGUGUGUGUGUUUUUUUUUUUUUUUUCAAAGCAUACAGAUAAUGCAAUGAGUUUAUUAUAUUGAUUUCAUGUAAAAAGAACAUAACAUUGAAUAAAUGUAGCACUAAGUGUAAUUGCU